UCGUGGAGUCCUUUUAGUUUCACUUCCCUGCUCGGUAGCAAACCCAAGUCGAGAUUUAUUUAGCUUUAAUAAUGUAUAUUAAAUCAGGCAAGCGCAGAUUUCACAACCAUUAGUGAAACUAUGGCGACAGAGAGAUGGUUCUGCUGGCUUUUUAAACUCACGAAGAAGAAAGUAGGGACCUUCAGAAGUAGGAACGACUGUUAACCACUACCAAGGACGCUUUGGUGGUAAAUGUUUAUACAAAGCAGAAUGGACAUAACUGCACAGCCAGAUCACGCCUACACCAACACCAUGUGUGAUGGGAUUAUCCCGACGGAGUUCACUUAUAAAAUGAGCAAUAAAGAAAUAGAAAACUUUGUGAAGUUGCGGGUCUCAAACAGUUACCUGUUCUCUGGAUUGAGAAAUAGUUCCAAGUGGGCAUGGAGGGCCAUCCUGAAACAUAUGGGUUUGCAUCACAGGAUGACUCAUCGUCAAGCCUCUAAAAAAUUUGAAAACCUGAAGAAGAGAUACAAGGAGUUAAAGAAUCCUCCAGCAGGAGUCAAAGUGGUGCCUCAAUCAUGGCCUUUCUUCUCCCUGAUGGAUGAUGCCAUGGAGGGUCGACUGCAGAGUUCAGCUCCUAUCCUGAAAGCCCUUCCUAAUAACAGCAAUGUUAGUGAUUUCUUAAUAGCACCCACACGCAAAAGGAGAAAGGUUUCCAACAUAGGGGUGUCUUCUGCUGUAGACGAGGCAGCAGGUAUUGCAGAGAUUGAGGUUCAGGUGUAUGGAGAUGAGGUUGAGGCUGCUGCGGCAGAGCCUGCAGAAAGUGAGGAGGUAAACGGUUCCAUUCCAGAGGUGGAUAUCAGCACGAACUGCGAGCCACGAGAGAGAAAGAGCGAACAGCUGCUUAUGCAAAGAGAGAAACCGCAUCAGGACGUAGCCGCUCUGGACCGAGAGCGGGCGCUGCUGGAGAGGGAGAGGGCGGUAACGGAGAGGGAAAGGGCUGUGAUGGAAAGAGAGAGAGCAGUGAUGGAGAGGGAACGGGCCGUGAUGGAGAGGGAGCAGGUGAUGCUGGAGAAGGACAGAGACGCUCUGCGAAGCGAGAGGCUGGUUCUGGAAAAGGAAAAAGCAAAGUGGCAGAGACUUCUGGUGCAAAAAGAAAGAACGGAGGAGAUCACUGAAGAAGACAGCAAGGUGAUGAACUCUGAUGCAGUGGAUAAAAGAGAGAGAGUUCUUUCUUUGUUGGAAAAAUUGGCAGAGAACAUUUAAAAAAAAAAAAUCAGUACAAUGACAGUUUGCACUACCUUAACCUUUGGAGGAAAAAUUACAGUGCCUUGCAAAAGCGUUUAUACCUGUUGCAUUAUUUUUAAUUUUGUCAAUUUAAAACUAAAAACUUCAUAGCAUUCGAUGGUAACUUUAUGUAAUAGACCAACACAAAAUAGUGGAUAAGUCUGUCUCCCAGUUGAGAAAGUUUUUUCAGAUUUUUAUUUGUAAAACAUUUAGAAAACUAUGUAUCAUUUACCAUAGUACUUUUUGUUGGUUUGUCACAUAAAAUCCCAGUGAAACAUGUUGAAUUUGGGUUUUAGAAUGUAAAAUUCAAGGGGUUAUAAUUAGAGGUGUGCCGAUCAAUCGGCCACCGAUCAUAAUCGGUGAAAAAGUGUAUGAUCGGUGAUCGCCAAUCACGGUCUCUUGUUGCCGAUCACCAAAACCGAUCACAUUUAUCUCACUUCUCAGCCUGCGGGUGCAGCUGAUCUCCUCUUUCCUUCACAUUGCGCAAAGCGCGCGGCAACAAAUCCUGUCGUGUUUAACCGUGCUCUUAGGAUGUUUGGAUUUAGUAACUUGGGAUUGUUUAUUUUGAUGCAACCUUAAUCAUAUUUGACUCAUGUAUAAUUUAGGGUACAGAGAACCUUACUGUUAAAUAUUGUUUAACUGGUUGCAGGUUUUUCAGUUGUCCUUUUGACUGAGUAGCUGCUGCAUUGUGCCUGCAAGUAUGUUGCAUGUUUACGUUAAUUAGGUAAUUUUUGAAUUUUGCCAGAUCACAUAGCAGCAUUUACACCUAACGCGAAAAAUCAACAACCAAUUCAGGUGAUCGGCAGAGAUCUGCCUCAUGGGUGAUCGGUAUUGGAAUUGGCAGCAAAAAAACCUGAUCGGGGCAUCCCUAGUUAUAAUACUUCAGCAAAGCACUUGAAUAAAAUUGCACCGCACAUGAUUGUAUACAAUUCCUCUAAUGGAUGUUUGCGAUCCCUGCAUGUUGUUCCAAAUGUGGAUGUUUUGCAAAGAAUGCAGAUAUAUUUAUGGUCAUAUAUUUAUUUUCUAUUUUGUGUUGUCACAGAAGUUAAAAUCUACGAACAAUCUUUUAAGUUUUCAAUAAAAAAAACAUUGAGCCACCUCUAGAUUGGAGAAGUCUUUAAAAUGACUUUAUUCUCUUGUGGUUAUUCCAUACAGGGCACACAAUGGCAUUAUUCUAAACCCGGUCCACAACCAAAAAAAUAAAAAAAACAAACCAAACCCACCCACCGCCACCUCC